AUGGGCUGGGUAGGCGUUGCCAUAGUCGUCGCCACUACAUGUUUCCUCCUCUACCGACACCCUCCGGCGACCUGGUUCCCCGAGCCGCAGCCACCUGUCGCCGAUCAAGCCCGCAAGCCCACCUCCGAAAAGGAAGAGGGGAAAGCGAAGGAGAAAAACGAAGAGAACUCUCCCACCCUUCAGCUCAAAUCGCAACCAACUCUACUAAAGGAUGGGCCCGUUGAAGAGGUCCAGACAACUUCGAAAGCGUCUGCGUCAACCGUCCCCGUCCUAGACGUCCCCUCUUUUCAGUGGAAUGACAGCGCAAGCGACAAGGACGAGAACACCCCUCAUAUAGCGCAGCAAGAUACAGCACGACAGAGUAAGACACCGAGUUCAUCGGUGACUCCAUCCUCCACACCCACGUCUACAGAAAUGAUGGCAAAUCCGAGCGUAGAGCAGCCGCCCGUCGUAAAUGACGCCGCCUCUCUAAUGCCCCCUCCCCCGCCUCCUUCACGCAUCCAACAAUCAACAACCCAAAGACAACCAAGACCACAAGCGCAGAAUAUGCUUGCUCCACCACCUGGCCGACUCCCUCGACCGCGACCAGGCAGCGGUGCCAGUCUGCUCAGUCCACCCCCCUCGACGGCAUCAACCCUGCGAGUCCCACCAGGCAUGCGUCCGGGCACUACAAACUCCAAUUCCAACUCUCUCUCCCCGAACUCUGUGACCCUCAAACCCGUCAAAAAGGCGUCUCAACGCGCUGUUCUCGAACCCGGAUUCUCCCCACUCGACUGGGCAGCCCUAACCUCAAACCCAAACCACAAACUACGCGGCGCGAAUCUCCCGGGAACUCUAAUAAAGGUCACACCGUCGAUGCUGAAAGCGCAGAAUGGCCGGAAAGGGACAGAUGCGUGGACAUCAUAUCAGGGAAAAGUCUAUAAUAUCUCACCGUAUUUGCCGUUUCAUCCUGGCGGAAAGGGGGAGCUGUUAAGAGGAGCCGGGAAGGAUUCAGGAAAGCUGUUUCUGGAGAUUCAUCCGUGGGUCAAUUGGGAUGCGAUUCUGGGGGAGUGUUUGGUUGGUAUUUUGGUUUCAGAGAAUGAAGCUGUGGCGGAAAAUCGACUUGAUGCAAUGGACUGA